AUGGGGGACCUAGCCAAGUUAAUAAACUUUCUCCUCGGGACAAAUGCGUUGCCCCAGAGCCUCUGGUUCGGCCGAAAGCACCCAGACAUGCAGCUCUUUCUCAACGAAUUUGUAACAGAAGUGAACAGCAUGGUAGGGGUCAAGUGGAACCACAAUGGAGACACUCAUAUUUCAAGGCCGCAUGUAUUGUGCAUCUCAGUUGAUGCGCCUGCAAGGGCAGCAGUGCAAAAUAUGGUGUCAUUCAAUGGAUACUUUGGCUGCACAUGGUGCUUGAAUCCAGGAGAGCACCGUGAAGGAAGUCUGCGCUACACGGUGGUGUCUCCGAUUAUGAUGAGAACUUCAGAUCAGGUCAAGAGUGAGAUGCGCCUGGCGAGCCAGUUUAAGGACACCAUCAAUGGCUUGAAGGGACCGUCGGCCUUGAUGAACUUGAAAGGUCUGGACCUUGUGAACGGCUACAGCGUCGAGUAUAUGCACUGUGUUCUGCUAGGCGUUGCGAAGCAGAUAACAGAAACGAUUCUGGCAACUUCAAACUCUCAUCAGCGCUUCUAUUCUGGUUCACCAUCAGCACUUUCCCAAAUAGAUGCACGGCUUUUGUCCAUCAAGCCACCCCAUUGCAUCACAAGGCUGCCACGGUCCAUUCAGGAAAGGAGCUACUGGAAGGCAUCGGAAUGGAGACACUGGCUCCUUUUCUAUUCCCUGCCUUGCCUUAGUGGCAUUCUCAUUGAAGAAUACUGGAGGCACCUUUCCAAACUUUCCGGAGGUGUAUAUAUCCUGCUUAAGGAUGAACUCACUGCUCAAGAAAUUGACAAAGCCGAGUUUCUUCUGAAGAAGUUCGUGUCACGUUGCGAAGCCUUAUACGGUGCGUCAUUUAUGACGUACAAUGUCCAUGCUCUCCUCCACCUUGCAAGCUGUGCUCGUUCCCUUGGGCCUCUUUGGGCACAUGCUGCCUUCGUGUUUGAAGGAGGAAAUGGCACCAUUCUUGGCCGCGGUGCGGGCCGCGACCUCAACCUGCUCGCUGCGCUCUGGAAAGGGCUCUCGCGAGAGCCCCUCCAGUCCUCUUGCUGUGACGUGCACUUGCAGUGCUGCUUUUUGGAGAGACAGUUUGUAAAGAGUCUUGAGAUGAUCGCGGUGACCGACCAGACUAUGCAGCUCGUUGUGCUGAAACAUUUCUAG